AUGGCCAGGACAGGUGUGGCCAGGGAGUCUUUGCAAGGCUGGUAUAAGAGCCCUCAGAGGCAUCCUGAGCAAGCAGAGGUUUCUGUUGCUGUGUAUAAGGAAUGGAUUCCAAACACCAAUUUUGAAGACGCUUCCAAUUGGGACAAAAACCGAACUCCAAGUGAGACCGACAUCGCCAUGUUUGACAGCAAUAAGAUGGUCUCUGUAUAUGUCGGGAGCACUCAUGUUCUCACGGGCGCACACCUCCCUCUAGAUGGAGAGUUUAUCUUGGCUCCUGGUGCUGGCUUCGCUGCGUUUGAUGGUGCCUCUGAUCCCAGCUCAGAUUCAGAUCACAACAUCCACUUCCUAAAUGCUGAUCGGUAUAGCUGGUAUGACCCCUCCUUGUGGCACACAGACCUAGAAGACAGUGACCACCUAUUUUCUGUGGAUGCUGAACGUAUCCCCUGUCGCCAGGAUGAUGUCAUCUUCCCACCAGAAACCUCCUUCCGUGUGGACCUGGGGGCUGGUGGCCGGACCAUCAGCCUUCAUAGUAUAUCCAUUCUGGGCCAGAAGUUCAACACGGAUCAGGAGCUGGCUGCCUACCUGGCCAGCAGCACUGGGAAGUUACAGUUCCAUGGAGCAGGUUCUCUGAGGUUGGCUCCCGACCCCUGUGAGGAUCCUUCGGGCUGUGAGUGUGGGAAUGAUGAGGUCGUGGCCUGGAUCUGUGCCUCUGUGCUCCAGACCUCUGGAGGUCGCUGCCCCAAGCCUGCCUGCCAAGGAGCCCUGAAGCCUGUGGGCCAGUGCUGUGAGAUCUGUGGAGCUGUGCUCUUCCUCAACUACACCCAGGCCUUUGAUCUCCACCAGUACAAACAGAGGCUGCUUCAGACCUUCCUGGACCUGCCCCAGGCUUCAGGGGUGCGCAUGGCCAUGUCAAAAGUACGCUGGGCACCAACUCUGCGAGGGUCGGGGCACAUGGCGCGUAGGAGGCGACAGGCCGAGACCAUGACCCAGAUCCAACUGGUGCUGACCGACGAUGGAGCCGGGCCAGAAGCAGGAAGGGCAGCCAUAGAUGUGGCCCAAACCAUCCUCAUUGACGUGGCUGAGCAGGGGGCAGCCUUUGGAGUCCUGUGGGGGGACGUGGAGUUCUCAGGCAGCAGUGGCUCUACAGCUGGUCAGACAGGAACCAGCCUGACCUCAGGGCUAGUGACUGGCAUGGCUAUUGCCUUGGUCCUGGGGCUGAUGGUUCUGCUUGGGGGUCUUCUGCUCCUUCACCGGACCGGACGGGUCAGGCUGUGGCCCCUGCCAAUCCCCACUCUAUGGCAGAGAUCAGAACCUGCAUCAGAUCGAGGGAACCAGAGCUUCGACAACCCCAUCUUUGGCAAUCCGGCCCCUCCCUCAGUCCUGGAUCCUGACCUGGCCGUGAAAGUGGUUUCAGAAGAAGCCUCCUCUCCGACAAGCACCACCAGGACUAGUGGCAGCUGCUUCCCUAACCCCUUGUUUGAAACAGACAUCUAA